CAGGGGAAGGGAGAGAUAAUGACAAUAACACUAAUAACCCUAAUAACCCGUCUGCUGCCCGCCUCGCAGCGAGGAGCCAGCCCGGCGUCCCGGCACUGACAGCGCUCGAAGCCGGAGAGAGCGGAGUAACCCCGACGGCCCUGAGAGCUUCUCCCCGCGUCCCGGGAGCGCCGAACGGCAGCAGCGGCAGCGCCCCCGAGGAGCACCGAGCCCGGGCGGACGCGGAGAAGCGCCGGCUCCGGCAGCCGCCUGCCCGCCCGCCCUCUGCUCGCACCGGCUCCACGGGGACCUCCUCGCCCCCCUCCUUCGGCCCCAUGGAGCAGCGAGAGUAAGGGGCGAGAAGGACAAAAAGGGGGCGAAAGGAGAGCGAGCACCCCAGUGGGGAAGAAGGAGGUGGAAGCCCGGGAGGAAUCGCCCGGUCCCGAAGGCGGCAGGGCACCGCAGCCCGUCCUCGGCGCCCACCGGCCGCGAAGGGGCCGGCCCCUGCCAGCGACCCGGGCACCGAGCGGCGCUGAGGCGGGCGCUGCCGCCGCGGAGCUGUCCAAGCCGGCCAGGGGACAGCAGCCGCAGGGUCGCCCGGCUGCCUCCCGCCUCCAUCCCUUGAGGCCGCGCUGAGGGGCGGGGGUCGCGCCCGCCCAGCGGAGCCGCGGGGUGCGGGGGGGCCGGCGGCGCCGCCAUGAAGCUGGAGGUGUUCUCGCAGCACUAUGAGGACAAGCUGAGCGCCGGCAGCGACCAGGAAGGCAGCGGCUCGCUCUCCCCGGCUCCGGCGGAGAGCGAGCUGGGCUCGGACGGUGACUGCGCGGCCAACAGCCCGGGCGGCGGGGCCGGGCGGCCGGGGCAUCCCCCGCCGCCGCCCCCCACGCCGCAGCCCCCGCCGCCGCCGCCCGCCGAGAGCGCCAAGGGGAAGCCCUACACGCGGCGCCCGAAACCGCCCUACUCCUACAUCGCGCUCAUCGCCAUGGCCAUCCGCGACUCGGCCGGCGGCCGCCUGACCCUGGCCGAGAUCAAUGACUACCUGAUGAGCCGCUUCCCCUUCUUCCGCGGCGCCUACACCGGCUGGCGCAACUCGGUGCGCCACAACCUCUCCCUCAACGACUGCUUCGUCAAGGUGCUGCGCGACCCGGCGCGGCCCUGGGGCAAGGACAACUACUGGAUGCUGAACCCCAGCAGCGAGUACACCUUCGCCGACGGCGUCUUCCGCCGCCGCCGCAAGCGCCUGAGCCGCGCCGCCCCGCCGCCGCAGCCCGCCCGCCCGGCCGCCGGCGUCCCGCCGCAAGUGCCGCAGGAGGCGGCCGGAGCGGGCGCCGCGUCCCCCGGCGCUUCCCCGCGGUGCUGCUGCGCCUCCUCGCCCUGUCACUGCGCGGCGGGAGCCAAGGACGCGGCGGCGACGGGGGGCGGCGGGGCGAGGCCGGCGGGCGGCGGCGGUGCCAAGUUCUCCAGCUCCUUCGCCAUCGAGAGCCUCCUGCAGCGGCCGGCAGGACCCCGCGCCGCCCCGCAGCCGCCGCCGGCCCCGCACGGCCGCCUCCUGUGGCCGGCGCCGCCCGCGCCCCCGCACCUGCUGCCCGGCCCGUACCCGCUGCUGCCCUACCCACCUGCCGCGCAGCCCCCGCCCGCCGCCGCCCUCUACGGCGGGGGCCUCCUGCAGCUCUGCGCCUACGGGCUGGGAGAGCCCUCGCCGCCGCCGCCGCCGCUGCUGCUGGGGGGCGGGCGGCCCGCGCUGGCCCCGGGGGAGGCGGCGCCGCUGGCGGAGCGGCCGCGGGCGCCGCUGUUCCACGGCGGGAUGGCCAAGGGCGGGCGGGGGCCGCCGCCGGGCUCCCCGCUGUACGCGCCCCUCCGGCUGGCCGGGCCGCUGCCGCCGGCGGCGGGGGGCUCGGCCUCCUUCCAGCCGUACGCCUUGGAGACCCCGCUGGCUUAAUGGAGCCCCCCUCCUCCCCUGCGAGGGACCUGCCCGGGGAGGCGUGGAGGGGGAAAUGAGGAGGCUCUGGAUCCCGCACUUUAAACUCCAGAGGCGACCGCAGCCUCCAAGCAAAAGCCUCGGUGACUGUGCCUUAGUGAAAUGACAGUGAGUUUAACUUAAGCCAAAAAAAAAAAAAAAAAAAAAAAAAAAAGGAAAAAUUAGAAAAAAAUCAAGCAACUGUCGGUUUGGACAAAGCCAUGAGCCUCAAGUGCUUCUUACUGUUCGUUGAGACUACUUGACUUAAGCCAGUCCCUCGCCAUCCCCUUUGUGUGUCCCUCUCUUGUCCCCACAUCUCCCGCUCCCGAAGGCGGGGGCAGCAGGGCGGGGGUGCCGCGGAGGGGCGCGGUGGCGGCCGCUGGGGGAUGCGCUGUGCGCUUGGGAGGGCGGGGAGCAGGGACGGGGCCGGGAGCAGCAGCCAGAGAGUCUGGGAGGGGGCCGGGGUCUGCUGAGGAGCCGUAGGUCUGUACUGCAAAGCAAUGCAUCACUGUGCCAAAAGAAACCUUUUCUCCUGUCCGGCAACUGGCAUUUCCUGGGGAGGGAGGAUAUUAAAUUAUUUAUAAAAGUAGUGUUUUUAACACAAUGAGAGUGCAGCUUUUUAAAUUAAUUAUUGGAGGGGGCGGGAGAGGGGAAAGGGCUCAAGGAAAUGUCAGGCGGUAUGUCCUGUACUGGCUGGCGUUCUACGUUUAUGGCCAAGAUUAUUGCUACUGGAAAGAGAAGAGUAAAUUUUUUUCGUAUUUUAUUUUUGUGUUUGUAUGUAAUAUAUGUGCGUGUGCAUUUUAUUGACGCUCGGCCACCAUGUUUUCCUUUCUCCUUUCCCCCGAAUAAAAGCUGCCCCCUAAAUAAA